CCGAUUGGUCAACGUGAACUGUACGUCAGUUUACGUGAGCGAACAUGGCGGUUGAGCUGCAGUAGAGUUGUGUUGCCAUGAGAAAUGUGUCUGGUAAUGCUGAUAUAUUUAUAAUUCAAGCUUAAUAUUUUGUCAUCAUAAUCCGUUGAGGAUUUACCUAAAAUGCCGUUAACUUUAACGGCUUGUGCGGUUUUAACGUUAGUCCACCUAAAACGUGAACGCUGGCUACUUUUGACUUAACCACGUUGUGCUGCUGUUAUAAGUUUAGAUUCGUGAUGACUGCAGCGUUAUAUUAGUCAACGUUUUAACAUUUCACCCUAAAGCCGAUUCAACCACCAACAGUCUAUAUCCUAUAGGCUGUAGGCUUUAUUCAUUGGUGAUAGGAUGCUAUGGAGACAUUUAUUUAUCCCACCAUGUGUAGUGCUCGUGCCAGGCUCUGAUUCACGUGCGCUGCUAUAGCGUGUUCUUCCCCCCUCUGUGUAGAAAUGUCAAAGGUUCAAACCCCACAUGGUAAAGUGGGUAAAGCCCCUGUAAAGAAGAAGAGCAACAACGCAAAACCUUCAAAGAACCCCAGAACAGUCUACUGUAUUUUGUGUCGCAAGUCUGAUUUGAAACAUGAAGCACAAGACCAUGUGCAUGGUAUGCUGCAUCACAGAGAGCUUGAGACAGUGCUGGGCAAGGAUUCAUUUCACGAAUGCCAGGCGUGUAAGGCGUCCUCCAUGGGGUUAAAUGAGUAUGCUCGGCACAUCUCCACCGCUCAACACCAGAUCAAGUUGAAGAGCUUGAUGAUGAAAAAAAUAAAGCCUGUCUCUCUGUGUAAUACUCUGAGCAAAGAGACCAUGGGCCAGAUCAUGGAGAGGAACAAGACACUAAAAAAAGAGGAGAAGAAAGCAGGGAGAAAGAGAAGAAAGAAACAGAAGCAGGAAGCUGGUCAGAAGCAUGUGGAAAUGCUACGUGGAGCCAAGGGGAAAAAAACGGCGGCGUCCAAAGUAGCGAAGCUGGAAAAAACCAAACAAGCGAACACAAGGAUACUGCAACAGGAGAUCCAAGGAAGGAAAAAUGCUGUUGUUCAAAACAAAGAGAACAAAGUGUCCAGUCUGCACAAGUCUCUUCACCAAAGAGAAUCAACUCUUCAGAAUCAAAGCGGAACAUUGGUUUGCUUGUCAGAGGAGCCUGCAGGUCAAACUUGCCCUUCUGUCCGAAACCAGUCCACUCAAUCAGCUCAGCAGCUGAAGUACAAUGACAACUGUUCUGUCAAAAUUGAGAGCUCCCAAACAGACAGACUUGGUAGAAGACCUUACAAAACCCAAGGAGGUGCCACUAACAAGCAAAAACAAAAAACAUGGUCUACCGUCACCCAGAAUGACUAUUACGACAAGCAGUACGAUGGGGAAUUCACCAGUGAUCACCUUCCUGAUAACGGAGCCAUCAUCUUCGGUCGUGACCAGAAGGAGAGUUUGGGAUCUUCUCCGUCGGCACAAGAAGGUUCAGCUCAAACUGCUUCAGCAAACGGGACCGCCAACGCGGCUCCGAUACGGGACGUCGACGUCAGUGCGAUGCUGCGGCAAAUCAGAAGAGCGCUGGGUGUGAGGGAGCCGUGUAGAGCUGACCGCGAAGCCCGGAAGCAGAGCAGCGAGACGGGUGUCCGGGUGGCUGAUCACAGCUCCACGCAACAAGCUCGAGCUGAGAAGGAGGCGACACUUCACGCCUCCUCUGCUGCAGCUACAUCUGAGCAAUCCUCACAGGUUGAUGGCCCGGCCCCUGCAGCUGGUGUUUCUCCGACCACAUCCUCUGAGCCCAACCUGAACAUCACCCGCAAGGUUCGAAUUGCCCACAAAUCAGCCAACGGUCAAGUGGGGAAAGAGGCUGAGCUUAAACCAACCGUGAAGAAAUUGCUCAGCUUAUCAGGGGCCAAGAACACAUAUGAGGACACGAAAAGGAAGAAGCAGGACAGCGGCAAAGGCAUGCCCAGGUUUGGAAUUGAGUUGGCGAACCCUCUGUCUGACCAAGAAAGCUCAACACAAGCAAAGGACAAUGACGCAACCCUGUCAGAAGGCUUUCACUGGGAGUCGCUCCCAGACGGUCCUUCGGGGGCACACCGGACCUCGUUACCUCCUCCGCCCCACAAAGACUCCCAGUCAGACUCUCAGAUUCAGGAGCAGCCGGGUGCAGCACAGGAAGGCUGCAGCAGUCACACGGCUGACGCUGUCUCCGUGAAGGUGGAGCCAAAGUUGAAUGAUGAAAAUUUGCAAGCCAACGGUAGUGCCAGCAAGAGGAAACGCAACGUUUAUGAUGGCAUUCCUGAUAUGCAGCCAAGUGGAAAAAAGAAGAAAACAAAGUCAAACAAGGACCAGGGCCAGAUGGACCAGCUGUUGGCUGUGUCUCUGAGGGAGGAUGAGCUGAGUCACUCGUUGCAGGAUUUGGACAAGUCUCUGGUCCAGGCCCGCAAUGCCCUUCAAGCUGCCUACACAGAAGUGCAAACACUCCUGCUAAUGAGACAGCAGUUCACUGCAGAGGUCAACAGUCUGAGAGCCCAGCGCAUUGUAAUCCUGCAAGGGAUGCAAGGAGGAUACACGGGAGCAGAGAAAGGCACCACUUCAUCAGCUACAAUGCAUCCAAGACUCUCUCCCCUUCCCUCCUCAGUCUUCCCCUCCUCUGGCCAGCAGUCUCCCCUAAACCCAGCAUCUUCCAUUAGCCCCCUUGCCCUGCCAACCAUGCAGGUAAAGCAAGAAAUCUUCCAACAAGCCACAGCUGGUCAGGCUAGUCAGUCUGCCAAAACAGUCUCUGAUACACUUCAGUUACCUGCGAACCAACCCGUGCCCUUGUUUCCCUCCGAUUUGCUCCCUUCACUGCUGCUUCCGUCGCCAUGCUUAGCUGCUCCCACAACUGCUGUUACCUCUCUCAAGCAACUCAAACUCGAGUGCUCUGCGUCAGCCGGUACAAAUAGUUAUCCCGAAUCAUCUGCCGGGCAGCAGACAGCAACUUUAGUGAGAGAAGAAACGCAGUCGUCUGACAGUGAUUCAGAGGAAGAGAUGGGAGGAAAGCCGGCCUCCACUCUUGUCCCCCAGAGAGGUCCAAAUGCAUCUGCUGCAGCACCGGACGACGACGACGGAGGGAACGAGAGCGACGCCUCCAUCGAAAUGAUGGAGCCCUGCUCCGUGGUCAUUGAUAUCGAUGAAUCGGACUCUGAGGAUUCACCAGAUGCUCCGGUCCACCAAGAGCCUCCUCAGAAGUCCGUCAGUGUGGAGUUCAAUUCUUCAAGCUCACAGACAUUUCCGCAAAAUGACGUUGAGAGAAAAUUUCAGCCUCCACUUGUGCCAAUGAAAGAUACCGGCGAAUGUGUUGAUGUGGUCGAGGACGAGGAGCCGUCCGUGGGAGCUUUUUCUCAUCACACAGGCCCCGUCCACGGCCUCCAGGUUCACGGCGGACGCUUGUACACGUGUUCAGGGGACAACACAGCACGGGCCUACAGUCUGAUGACCAGGGAGUGCCAAGCAGUGUUUCAGGGUCACACAAACAAAGUCAACUGUCUGCUGGUGUCAUCUGUCCCAAACAUGCCACCUCGCCUCUACACCGGAUCCAGUGACCAGACCAUCCGCUGUCACAGCAUAAAGACCACAAAGUGUCUGGAGCAGAUCUCUCUGAUGGACAGAGUGUUGUGUUUGCACAUUGCCUGGAACAUCCUGUAUGCUGGACUGGCCAAUGGAGCAGUGGCUAGUUGUGACUUAAAGACUCUGAAGCACUUGGAUGUGUUCGAGUGCCACGGCCCGCGAGGCGUGAGCUGUCUGGGUACAUCACAGGAGGGUGCCCGUCGGGUGCUGCUGGUCGGCUCCUACGACAGCAGCAUCAGCGUACGCGACGCCAAGAGUGGCCUGCUGCUGCGCUCGCUGCAGGGUCACACCAAAACUGUUCUCUGUAUGAAGGUGGUGAACGACCUGGUUUUUAGCGGCUCCAGUGACACAUCUGUUCAUGCCCACAACAUCCACACGGGUGAGUUGGUUCGCAUCUACAAGGGUCACGAUCAUGCGGUCACAUCAAUAGUCAUCUUGGGGAAAGUGAUGGUGACCGCCUGUCUGGAUAAACUGGUCAGAGUUUAUGAGCUACAGUCUCAUGACCGUCUGCAGGUGUACGGGGGUCACAGUGACAUGGUGAUGUGUAUGGCCGUGCAUAAGAGUGUGGUCUACACAGGCUGCUAUGAUGGCAGAGUUCAAGCUGUGAAGCUCAACUUGAUGAAGAACUACCGCUGCUGGUGGCAGAAUUGCGCUCUGAUCUUCGGCAACACGGAGCAUCUUUUGCAGCACCUCGUCAGAGAUCACUGCAACUUGAACCUGCAACAGGUCAAAUGUCGGUGGAGAGGCUGCAGCACUUUUUUCGGCACACAGCAGUCUGUUCAGCAGAAUUUGCCCGAACACAUGCAGAGCCACGUGGAGAACGAGAGUAAAGUGCAGCCUUGAGCUGCGGUGAAGUUGAUGCAGCAGAUACGGUUCAUAACAACACCUCUGCUGGUUAUAUUUUAAAUUCGCUUUUUUAUUUUCCAGUCAUUUUCCAAUAGGAGAUGAUGUUUUCCUGUUGUGUUCUACCUUUUGAGGUGCAGAGCACAUCUCUUGGUCUUGUGCAUACUGUAUGAUCCCUAUGACAGACUACUUGUUAUUGAUGCCUGAAGCCGUUGCAUGACCAGAUUGAGACGUUCAAUCUCUAACACUCUAUCAGUCCUGUUGUUAAAAUAAUUAGUUUCAGCUAAUUUCUUCAUAAAUUAUUUGCAGUUGUCAGAAAUUCAUCUUAAUUGAAUGAGUUGAGUCAUUCAAUACUCUAGCUUUGGUUUGUUGGUCUACAAGUGUUUUGUUUUCACUAUGAAUUUAUGAUGUGGUUUUGUACACUAUCUAUAUAUUUAUGUAUAUUGUACAGUAAGCCUCUUCAGAGAUGUCAUUAGUAUAUGUGGAGCUAACUACUCAGAACAUUUAUACAACUAUGCAGCGCUGAAAUAAACACUUCAGAGUAGCUUUUGCGAAGCAGCCAAUAGUGUGAACGGGUCUUGAUAUUGUCUGAAUAUAUUGAGGAACAGCAAAGCAGAUAUGCAACAGUGUCUGAAUCUGAAACCAAAUUAUUUUAGUUAUACGUGAACACCCAGUUUGUGACAUCGUCCCUCUGCACACUCGAGUUAUCAUAAAUGAUUAUUCCACCAAUUUAGCUUUGAGCUCCUGUCACACUGUCGGUCUGACAAUGAUCAGUUUUUAAAAAAGGAUCAAAGUCGACGCGUCAGAACACGAUAUAUUUUCUUUAUUCCAUGCAUUCAUCCUCCUCGUUAAAACCUGGCGCCUACAAUACCCACAAUGCAACUCGACAGCCAACAGUUCUGUCACAGAUUUGGGUGUGUUAUGCUAGUGCUGGCUAAUGUAGUCUUGAGCCACCAGCGUUCGAGCAGAGAUGAGAAGCUAAAGCACUUCUUUCUUACACAACACCUCCAGAUUUGUUUUCAUUUUCUAACUUGCAGUUUAAGCCCAAAUGACACAGUUGAUCAGAUUUCGCGCAGCACUCUGGAGCCACAACGCUUAAGGCUUUAUACUUCUUCUUUCACAUAUACAGUACCUCAGACAUCAGAUCAUUUUUGGUCAUUUUAGGAAGGGUCAGCACUCUGAGGACUGUCAGGAGGAUUUUAAAUUCCUUUCUAAAGUUUUUCAGAACUUUAGUUCUGAGAUUCUCUGGAUGAUGGCUCAGUUGUGGAAAUAAACAGGCUUAACUUGCUUUGUACUGUAUUAUUUAUACAAGGUGCAGUUUGGGAAGUAGCUCCAGGGUUUAACAGCCAUUAGCUAAUAUUUAGCAACUGACACUUUCUGUACAAAGAGUAAAAGGGUAUCUGUACCUGCCUCAUUUUAAAUCAGACUUUUAUUAGAUUUUUCCCCAACAUCACAGUGUUAAGACAAUGUAUCCUCAAUUACCCACAUUGACACUUAGAAACUUUAAAAUGAAUUCCUUGUGUUGACUGAGAGGUUUGACUAUGGAAAAUAUGUUCAGCAUCAUUACGUAAAUAAACCCUCCACUCACUUUUAACUUUUACGUUUCCACAUUUCCCAGAGAGUUAUUCUAGGCAAUGUCCCCAUAUCACCUUGAAAACUACUUUGAAAAGUAGUAGUGAAAGUUGUCAGACUGAACUGUCCAGAGAGUAACUUCUAACAAUGCUGUUUUAAAGUCUUGCCUUAAUUUUUGUAUGUUCUAGUGUACAGUGUGUAUUUGAUUUGUGUUUAGUACCUACUGUAUGUGUACAGCAAUAAAAAAUACAAAUACAAUUUACUGUAUUCACCUCUGCUUUAUUCUAAGAGAAUAUACAGAACAUUCAUUUGAAUGAUUUGUCAAACAUGCUAAUUCCCUCAGUUCUCAUAUUCAAACAUUUUGAUAUUAUAAGAUAUUCUUCACAACAUAGGAACUUAAACAAAAGGUCAAUGCUACUCGCCUGCUUGCUUCACCACCCAUCGCUGCUUCAUGCCAAACACUGAUGUAACAUGUUAUC